UUCGAAGAGUUUGUUAUCUAUUAGCAUUGAAACAUUUACCAAGAAGUAACCGAAAGUGCCAUUGUCUAACCAAAAGCUUUAAUUCCUGUUUAACUCCUGGAUUAUUUUACCAAAGAUUUUACAAACGAAUUGUUUCAACCUUUUGGAGCCUCAAUUACGUCAAAUAACGUUGAAGCAAUCAGAGUGUUUAUUUUCGACUUUUCGUUUGUCAAGGGCUGGACCCUUGCUGCAUAAGUGAAGAGAAUUUUUCCUUAAUGACAAAGGGAUUUAUUAUCCUAUAGACAUGUUUAAAUUAUUUUUGUUGUGUUUUUCACUAACUUUAUGGACUUGCGUUACGUGUUAUCCAACCGGUGCACCUUUGAACGGAUACGGGUGUCAUGGACAUGUCCGACACAACAGGGAGGGGAGUUUAACGGACAUUUACCCCCCACAAUACACGCAAUCCCCCUAUAAAAUUCUUGUGAAUACAACGCAUGUUCACAAAGGGGAUAUUGUUGAAGUUACCUUGUACGGACAAGGGAAGUUUGAUUUCUUCAAAGGAUUCAUUGUGCAGGCGUUCCCUGCCGAUGUAUUUGGAGACAACCCCCGACCGGAGGGGACAUGGAUGCUUCGGGGCAGGUCCUCGAAAACCAUGGGGUGUCACCAUAACGCGGACACAGUGACACACACCAAUAACCAGUUCAAGGCAAAUCUAACCAUGCUAUGGCAAGCGCCAGUAGAAAACCUUAAAGACUUCAGAAUACGAGCGACCAUUGUAAAAGAUGCCAAGACGCACUGGGAAGGAAUUAUGUCUCCAAUAAUUACCGUGGAGGCCCAUAAAGAUAUACCGAUUCCUCAGCCCAAUCCGCCACCCAAUCCCAACCCCAACACAGUGACAUACAUCACCCCAUCGCCACCGUCAACCGACAACAAAGAAACGGAGAAGAAAGCUCUGCUGGACCAACUAGCGAAAGAGGUCGGUGCCGACAGCGCGUCAGAACUGCUGGAGCUGCUGAAAGCCAAGGUUCAAGAGAAAGACGCAAAAGACCAAGGGAUUCCGGUAGUGACGGUUCCACCGGUCCAGAAGACAGACGAGAUCAAGAAAAUUGCUAACAACGACCCGGUGAAAGAACAGAAAGUCGAAAAAAUGCUGGAGGACACCAGUUUGCUGGGAAAAGUCAAAGGCUUGUUCGGUGGAGGAGGAUCAGGGAUACUUGGGAAAGUGUCCGGACUUCUUGGAGGGGGAGGGGGAAUCAAUGGGAUCAUGAAAUUCUUGCCAAUAAUGAUGGGUAUGAAAAAUUUAGGCGGUCUUGGCGGAAUGUUGGGAGGGGGUGGGGGUCCUAUGGGAUUACUGGGAGGGUUACUUGGCGGGGGAGGAGGGGGUGGUGGGGGAUUAGGUGGGUUAUUAGGAGGUGGGGGUGGUUCUUCAAAUCCUUUAGGUGGGUUGCUUGGAGGUGGUGGAGGAUCAUCGAAUCCCAUGGCAGGGUUACUUGGGGGUGGAGGAGGAGGUCCACUCGGUGGUCUUUUAGGUGGUGGUGGGGGAGGGAAUCCCCUGGGUGGAUUGUUAGGAGGAGGUGGAAGUGAUCCUCUCAGUGGUCUUUUAGGAGGCAUGGGAGGAGGACAACCUGGUGGUAUGGGAGGUAUGAUGGGAGGAGGAAGCAGUCCUGCAGGAGGCUUAGGAGGGAUGUUAGGAGCACUGGGUGGUACAGGAGGCUUGAGUGGACUUCUAGGCGGAGGGGCAGGAGCAGGAAACCUGGGCACAGCAUCAUCUCUGACACGGAAUUCAAACAGAAAUAAUGGAUUAGCUGCAAUGCUUGGUGUUGAUCCUGGAGCCACACCAAAUCAAGCACCAAGACCAGAACUGAUUGAAGGUACUCAAUCGAGAGCACAACCAAUCGAUCCACUGUCCUCCAUGAUUAAGAGUUUGAGUGGAAAUGGGGGUCUGUCUGGAAUUCUUGGAAACUUGGGAGGAGGAAACAGUGCUCCAAGACAGCCAUACAUGGGUGGACAGAUGGGGGGAUUUGGACAACCCUCUAUGGGAGGACAAAUGGGCUUUGGACAAAAUUCCCUUAUGGGAAACAACAUGGGUGGACCCCAGUAUAACCCAAAUCCCCAGUAUCAGAUGCAGCAACCCAAUUAUCAAUCCAAUCAAAUGGGCUUCCAACAGCCUCAAGGAAUGGGACAACAGAAUGGGAAUUUUGGACAGUUUAACCCAAAUAGUGGUGUCAACCAGAAUCAGAAUAUGGGAUCUGGACAGAACUAUCCUCAAAACUUUCAAGGACAAAACUAUCCACAAAAUCAGAAUAAUUAUCAACAACAGCAAAACUUCCAACAAAAUCAAAAUGGUUUUCAACCAAAUCCCAACAUGCAACAGAAUAACAACUUUGCUCAAGGGCAAAAUGGUGGCCAGUUCCCAAACAACAAUUUUAAUCAAAAUGCUGGAUCUGGUGCUAAUGGCUUUGGUCAAAAUAAUUUCAACCCAAAUCAAAAUAAUUUCAAUCAAAAUCAAAAUAACUUUGGACCAACUGCUCCAAGUGGUCAGAACCAGCAACAGUUUCCUAAUAACAACAACAUGGGGCCAAAUCCGAGCAUAGGACCAAACAUGAAUAAUGGAAACCAGCAACCUCCAUCUAACAACCAAUUUGGUGGGCAGCCAAUGGUCAAUCCAAACAUCAUGCCAUCAAAUCCCAACCCACAACCACAGCCCCCAGCUCCACAACCUAACCCCCAGCCUCCAGCCCAGCCCAACCCACCCCAACCACAACCACCCACAGAGGAUCUCAAUCUCAACAGCAUAUUCGGAGGUGGUGGUGACACUCCUGACCUGAGCAGCAUAUUUGCUGGGAUGGGUGGAGGAGCACCACCUGGAGGAAGUGGGCCAAGUGGCGGUGCAGGAGGAAUGCCUGAUCUGUCUGCAAUUUUAGAUGGCCCUGCAGGUGGUGACAUCUCUAAAAUGCUGGGAGGCAAGGGAAUAGACAUGAACCAGAUGGCAGGGAUGAUGAACAGUCCUCAAGGUCAACAGAUGAUGUCAAAGGUCAAGGACAUGAUGAGUGGUCCACAAGGUGGUCAGCUGAUGAAUGCUGCAAUGGGAAUGCUCCAGAAUGGAGGGUUGGACGGUGUUUUAUCAGGGCUAGGUGGGGGUGGGGGAGGAGGGGGACUAGGAGCUUUGGCAGGAUUACUGGGUAAAAAAUAAAACAAAAAUUUUUAAAUCAUUAUUAAUACCAUAUCUAGUGCCAACCAAGUGCCAAUUCUGUGCUUAAAUUAUCAUCUCAGCAAAAAGAGUCCAAUAGAUGGUGUCCAGUACAUGUACUACCUUUAUCCAUAUUUUCAAGUGCAUGAAAAAUUGUCAAAAUUAUAUGUACAAUUUACAAAUAUCAAAUAAAAAUAGUAAAAUAAAAGAA